AUGUCAGAAAGUAUUAGACUAAUAUACCAGCAAAAGGAUGUAGAUGUGGAUCCCUCGAAUCAUUCCGAUGUUACAGCCUAUAUCAGCAAUGUUAUUCUACCAGACACACUACGCAAUUGUGGAAUGAGUGAGAGCACCACCCCUCUUACCGGUAAUUCAUCUAAAUCUGUAGAUAUCACUUAUGCGACGUUCAGCAAAAACUCAAAUAUAAAACAGUCUGUUGAUUCCCUAGUGAAAAAAGCAGGAAUGAACAAUGAUAUAGUAGUUGUUUCUUAUGGUAUGCAUAUACAAAAGACAUUAUCCAUCAUAGAGAUAUUCAAGAGUACUGAUGCUGGAAAGAAGUUGCAUCAAUUCAAUAGGUUGGAUUCAUUCGUGGAGGUGAAGCCAGGGCGUAACGAAUUACUUGAUCAAAAGGUCAACAUUCCAAUUCUCAUUAUUGCAUUUACAAUAGAGGAUGUGAAGAAUCUAUCAGGCUUCACGAAGCAAAGCUAA